GACACCGCCGAUAAUCAAUUACGUCCAGAGAGUGAGGAACGCCUCUCGAAGUGGGAGCGACCAAUCUGAAUGCUUUCGCCGCAUAUCAAAGUAAUCUUGUUAAAUGUGAGUCAAAGGGAUCUAAAUAUUCAUUCUGUCAAAACAGCUUGCUUCUGUGCCGGCGCGAAACUGCCUCACACCUAGUGAAAGUACACGGAAGUGCCCGAAAUGACGACAUGUAGACGCUCACGCCGCCCCCGAGCCCGCCGGUCGUAGCGGCGGCGGCGGAAGCGACGGCAGUGUUCACGCGCGCACGUUGACGGUGGUGACCCGACCUGACCUGACACUGCGGUGAUGUGGUCGAGGUGAUGGAGGAUAACUGCACGAUGAGGCCGUGCGCCACGGACUUCAGCAUCGCCGCUAUCAUGUCCAGACAUGGGAGAGCCCCGCGCACGAGAUGCAGGGAUCACCGGCAAGGAGAUCCGCCGGACUCGAUCUCGCCGCUGGAAAAAUUUGUAGAAUCCUCCGCCUCGUCAGUACCUUCGACUCCUGAACCUGUCGGUUUAGACUGUACAUUAGUUAGUCCGGACAUUGAAAGUGGUCGUGAAUCACCGGUUGAUGUGUCUUCCACAUCGGAAACAGGAGUGCCCUCACAUUCUGUUCCGAAUGGUCGUAGGUCGCCUACGACUGCUAGAAAUCCUCUCUUGCAGGAGCGUUGGACGAGUGAAGAACUUCGGACAGUUACGUGUCAUCUAGAAACAAAAGAUCUCUGGGAAAAAUUUAAUGAAUUAGGAACAGAAAUGAUUAUAACGAAGACAGGAAGACGAAUGUUUCCUACGGUACGAGUUUCUUUUACUGGAAUAAGGCCAGAUCAAAAAUACGCCGUUCUACUGGACAUAGUUCCCGUGGACAACAAGCGUUACCGUUACGCUUACCACCGCUCUUCCUGGCUGGUAGCCGGAAAAGCGGAUCCGCCAGCUCCUUGUAGGAUGUGUUCCCAUCCGGAUUCUCCUUUCACCGGUGAACAGCUUCGCAAACAAGUCGUUUCUUUCGAAAAAGUGAAGCUCACCAACAACGAAAUGGACAAACACGGACAUUUAGUUUUAAACUCGAUGCACAAAUAUCAGCCGCGGAUUCACUUAGUUAAACGACCGGAUGGGGCCUCAGGACAAAUAGUCGACUUGGAAAAUGAAGAAUAUAAAACAUUUAUAUUUCCUGAAACUGUUUUUACUGCUGUCACGGCUUAUCAAAAUCAGUUGAUAACCAAACUAAAGAUUGACAGCAAUCCGUUCGCCAAGGGCUUUAGAGAUUCCUCCCGUCUCACUGAGUUUGAAAGAGAAACCAUGGAAUCGAUGUUAGCCGAACAACACUACCUUCGCUCUCCGUUGCGUCCGUUUGCCGACUUAGAUACUCACAACAACAAUUUAUCAAUCGAAGAAAAGGCGAUUUUGGCGGCACGGUCCCAGUUAUUUCUAAGGGCUGCAGCUGCAGCGGCUGGUCCUUAUGGCCCAUUAAUGGGAGGACUUUAUGGUGCUAGUGCGUCUCAAAGUAGUGCGGUUUCUCCGGGAGUGCUCUGGAAUCAGUGGGCAUGUUUGGGACCAUCUUUGCUCGCUGCUCAACAUCAGCAUCAACUGGCUGUGGCUGCUGCUGGAAGUUCGCACCUCAAUUCGCAAAUGUCUCCGUUAGCAAGACCUCUGGCUCAACACAGAUAUUCUCCAUAUGCUUCUCUUCCUAAAUCGUCGCCUGACACUAGUUUAAGAGACGGCAGAGAGUCGCCCAGUAGCCCAACUUGAGGUGGUUCCUUACACUUUGUGAUAUAUAUUUAGCCGAUUCUACAAAUAUGUAAAAAUGAUUCGUUAUGGAAAGAAAAAAUGUACUAUAUUAAAAAAGUAUUGAUAUUUUAAAUUUAAGUAAAUAGUUAGCGGCAUACGUUUACGUUAACGCAAUGUAAUUUUGCGAAUUUUUGUAAAUAUACGGCUUAAGAUUAUGAAAACCAAAACUUUUGUAGCGUAUAACUUUUCAAUGUGUUAACUAAUUCCGAAGUUCCAAAACAAGUGUACAAUAUGUCUGUAAAUAAUUAUAAUUUAUUAUAGUAAGCUAAUGUGGCGCUGUUCAUUAUGUCUUUCAGCAGAGGAAGCGUCGGUUGAGCAUCAUUUAUUAAGUAGUUUCUAUACAAGAAGCACUCAAACAAACCCCGUUGAAGGACAUGAUGACGAUGUGUAGAUCAUUAUACUUCCUCGCAUAAUUAAUUGUUUAAAAGCUGCUUCAGAAUGUAAUUGCAUAGUUGUGUAUGACACAAACGA